GCUGUGGUACUCGUUCAACGAUGCAUGAUCAUCCUUGCGAUUCUUCUCUGCUAUUUUCACGUUCGGAGCGAAAGUGUCGAUUGCGAAUUGUAUCCGUUUCAUCGUACGUGUAGGGGUACAAUGUCGAGGAAACGCGCAAUGUUUCCGACCGUGUACGGAUCAGGCUGCGACGGUAAUAAAGGGAACUUAAACUGCAUUAGAGAAUUCGAGGAAAGACGUCGCAUUCCUUACAUUCCGCUGUCAAAAUCCAAACUGAUAAUUGCUUUACUCGACGACGAUCUGCAGAAGGAUAUUACGCGAUCUGUCCGUCACAAGUUGAGGAACGAUCAAAUGGACGAACGAAAAUCAGCUUUAAUGGAGAACUUUUUGUCAGAAUUGGAAUCAUCGGACGCCUAUUAAACGAACGAAUUGAUCAGAAAAUAAAUAUCUGCUCGGCUCCUCUGAACAUUUUUCUUUUAUUAACGAAACUCUCGAGAUGAUGUACCAAUAUCGCCUACCUUUCUU